CUCAGUUUUAUAUUGAGACAUUACGCCGGCUGAGGACAUACAAUGCAUUCCCCUUCCAGGACCUGAUGCAAUCCAUUCAAGCCAACAAGUUUGGAGAGAAUGUUGAGUUCAAUCAAUUCAGAACGUCGAGAUGGAGCCCAACUCACUCCAGUGGGUCGGCUCACCGUGUGGCUUGCACGGACCUUACAUUUUCUACAAGGCUUUUCAAUUCCACCUUGAAGGCAAACCAAGAAUUUUGUCCCUUGGCGACUUUUUCUUUGUAAGAUGUACGCCAAAGGAUCCGAUUUGCAUAGCGGAGCUCCAGCUGUUGUGGGAAGAGAGGACCAGCCGGCAACUUUUAUCCAGCUCUAAACUUUAUUUCCUCCCAGAAGACACUCCCCAAGGCAGAAAUAGCGACCAUGGCGAGGAUGAAGUCAUUGCUGUUUCCGAAAAGGUAAUUGUGAAGCUUGAAGACCUCGUCAAGUGGGUACAUUCUGAUUUCUCUAAGUGGAGAUGUGGUCUCCAAGCUGAGUCAGUGAAAACUGAGACCUUGGGAAGAAAUGGACAAAAGGAAGCUCUGCUGAAGUACAGGCAGUCAACUCUGAACAGUGGACUCAACUUCAAAGAUGUUCUCAAGGAAAAGGCUGACCUUGGGGAGGACGAGGAAGACACGAACGUGAUAGUUCUCAGCUACCCUCAGUACUGCCGGUACCGCUCCAUGCUGAAGCGCAUCCAGGAUAAGCCGUCUUCCAUCCUAACGGACCAAUUUGCGUUGGCCCUGGGGGGCAUUGCAGUGGUCAGCAAGAACCCUCAGAUCCUGUACUGUCGGGACACCUUUGACCACCCGACUCUCAUAGAAAAUGAGAGUAUAUGUGAUGAGUUUGCGCCAAAUCUUAAAGGCAGACCACGCAAAAAGAAACCAUGCCCACAGAGAAGAGAUUCAUUCAGUGGUGUUAAAGAUUCAAACAGCAAUUCCGAUGGCAAAGUCAUUGCCAAGGUGAAAUGUGAGGCCAGGUCAGCAUUGACCAAGCCGAAGAAUAACCAUAAUAACUGUAAAAAAGUCUCAAAUGAAGAAAAACCAAAGGUUGCCAUUGGUGACGAGUGUAGAGCGGAUGAGCAGGCCUUCCUGGUGUCACUUUAUAAAUACAUGAAAGAAAGGAAAACACCGAUAGAACGAAUACCCUAUUUAGGUUUUAAACAGAUUAACCUUUGGACUAUGUUUCAAGCUGCUCAAAAACUGGGAGGAUAUGAAACAAUAACAGCCCGCCGUCAAUGGAAACAUAUUUAUGAUGAAUUAGGCGGUAAUCCUGGGAGCACGAGCGCUGCCACUUGCACCCGUCGACAUUAUGAAAGAUUAAUCCUACCAUAUGAAAGGUUUAUUAAAGGAGAGGAAGAUAAGCCCCUGCCUCCAAUCAAACCUCGGAAACAGGAGAACAGUUCACAGGAAAAUGAGAAUAAAACAAAAGUAUCAGGAACCAAACGCAUCAAACAUGAAAUCCCUAAGAGCAAGAAAGAAAAAGAGAAUGCCCCAAAGCCCCAGGAUGCAUCAGAGGUUUCAUCAGAGCAAGAGAAGGAACAAGAGACUUUAAACCAGAAAAGCAUCACUGAACCUCUCCCAGCAGUAGAAAAGAAAAAAAUGGAGGGAUACCAGGAAUUUGCAGCAAGGCCCCUGGCGUCCAGAGUGGACCCAGAAAAGGACAACGAAAAAGAUCCAGGUGCCACUGGUGACAAGGUGACAGAGGAGCCAGGAGAGAAGGGACCUGCUGCUCCACUCCCCAGUGCCCCAUCAGCCCCGGAAAGGGAUCCAGCCUUGAUCCCCAGCAAACAGUCACUCACCUCUUCGAGUGCUCUUGUGGACUCAAAACAAGAACCCAACCCUUGCUGUUUUACAGAAAGUCCUGAAAAUGAACUCCAAGAAGUAUCCUUCUCCAGCUUCUCCACCACGCAGCCACCACUGGCAAACCAGAGUGACAUGGAGGAUGACAAACUGCCUGCGGUGGCAGACUACAUUGCCAACUGCACUGUGAAGGUGGACCAGCUGGGCAGUGAUGACAUCCACAAUGCACUGAAGCAGACCCCGAAGGUCCUUGUGGUGCAGUCAUUUGACAUGUUCAAAGACAAAGACCUGACUGGGCCUAUGAAUGAGAACCACGGACUUAACUACACUCCCCUGCUCUACUCAAGGGGCAACCCGGGCAUCAUGUCCCCACUGGCCAAGAAAAAACUUCUGUCCCAAGUGAGUGGGGCCAGCCUCUCCAGCAGCUACCCCUAUGGCUCCCCACCCCCCUUGAUCAGCAAAAAGAAGUUGAUUGCGAGGGAUGACUUGUGUUCCGGUUUGUCCCAGGCCCACCACGGCCAGAGCACUGACCAUACGGCAAUCAACCGGCCAUCUGUGAUUCAGCAUGUCCAGAGUUUCCGAAGCAAACCCUCGGAGGAGAGGAAGACCAUCAGUGACAUCUUUAAACAUGACAAACUGAGUCGAUCGGAUCCCCACCGCUGCAGCUUCUCCAAGCAUCACCUGAGCUCCCUUGCUGACUCCUAUGUCCUGAAGCAAGAAAUUCAGGAGGGCAAGGAGAAGCUGCUAGAGAAAAGGGCCCUACCCCACUCCCACAUGCCUAGCUUCCUGGCCGAUUUCUACUCGUCCCCUCAUCUCCACAGCCUCUAUAGACACACCGAGCACCAUCUUCACAAUGAACAGACAUCGAAGUACCCUUGCAGGGACAUGUACAGGGAAUCAGAAAACAAUUCCUUUCCUUCUCACAAACACCAAGAGAAGCUCCAUGUAAAUUAUCUCACGUCUCUUCACCUGCAAGACAAAAAGUCGUCUGCAACUGAAGCCCUCACGGAUGAUCAGCCAACAGAUCUGAGCCUCCCCAAGAACCCGCACAAACCCACCGGCAAGGUCCUGGGCCUGGCCCACUCGGCCCCAGGGCCUCAGGAGAGCAAAGGCAUUGCCCAGUUCCAGGUUGGCAGCCAGAGUCGAGACUGUCACCCCAAAGCCUGUCGGGUAUCGCCCAUGACCAUGUCGGCCGCUAAAAAAUACCCUGAAUCCCUUUCCCGAUCAGGCAAACCUCACCAUGUGAGACUGGAGAGUUUCAGGAAGAUGGAAGGCAUGGUCCACCCUAUCCUGCACCGGAAAAUGAGCCCUCAAAACAUUGGGGCGGCGCGUCCCAUAAAGCGCAGCCUGGAGGAUUUGGACCUUGUGAUUGCCGGGAAAAAGGCCCGGGCAGUGUCUCCCCUGGACCCUUCCAAGGAAGCCUCUGGGAAAGAGAAGGGCUGUGAGCAGGAAGGUGAAGGAGGCAAGGCACCACAUGGUGGACAUUCCGGGGGCACGUCAGAAGGUCACAAGCUCCCCCUCUCUUCCCCCAUCUUCCCAGGUUUGUAUUCCGGGAGCCUGUGUAACUCGGGCCUCAACUCCAGGCUCCCAGCGGGGUAUUCCCAUUCUCUGCAGUACUUGAAAAACCAGACUGUGCUUUCUCCACUCAUGCAGCCCCUGGCUUUCCACUCGCUCGUGAUGCAAAGAGGGAUUUUUACGUCACCGACAAAUUCUCAACAGCUGUACAGACACUUGGCUACGGCCACACCUGUAGGAAGUUCAUACGGGGACCUUUUGCACAACAGCAUUUAUCCUUUAGCUGCUAUAAAUCCUCAAGCUGCCUUUCCAUCUUCCCAGCUGUCGUCCGUACACCCCAGUACAAAACUGUAAGCCCAGCUCUGCCCAGCAUCCCAAACGGUGUGGCAAGCAAAGCUUCACUCCUUACGCUGGAGUGAUCAGGCUUAUAGAAUUAGAAGUCAGUAUUUCUUCUAAUCUGGGGGUAAGAUUAGACCUGGCCAAAGGGGCCGAGAGGAGGGUGUGCAUACCUGAUUUUCUGGGACGGCUGCAGUCUUGGUGGGUCAGUCUUGCCCUUCCAACACAUGCCCUGGCACCCAGACCAUUCAUUUUGCACUGGGGGUCUUGUGAAGGGAUCUGUGUGUAUCCAGGAAGAACUUAGAGGACCCUAUCUGAGUUCUGAAGGUCGGAAAACAAUCUGAGCAAAAAAAAGGGGGGGGGGCAGGCAUUUCAAAGAAAGAACAAGGAAGACUGGCAGACAUGCCAAGGGAUGCCCCUUCUUUUCAUAAAACUCUCCAAGGUUCAAUCAAUGCAAUGUAUAGUGAAACUUCAAUAGAUCUUUCAUUUUGACACUAUUAAAUAAUCCAGAGAAGUAAACACUGUUAAAAUGACUGUAUAUAUUUGCUUCUUAAAACUACCCGUAUCACUGUUUGCUCAUCUAAUUUAUAUACAGGUAGUAAGUACCAUUUUCUCCCAGUUCCUCUGUGUCUUUUUUUUUUUUUUUUUUUUUUUUUUUUUAAUUAAACAGGACCGCUGACCGCUUUUGUUUGCAGGUCUUCUGUUUUUGUUUUGUUUUGUUUUAUUUUGUUUUGUUUCAGAGAGUGACCGACUGUCCUAGUUGUCCAUGUGUGUUUGUAAUUUUUCCACAUCUUAUCAUUUUGAGCAGCUUUGGGUGGAAAAGUUAUUGUUUACAAAUUGAAGCAACCGAUUCUAGUGGAACAAAUGAAAAAGAAACCAGUAGAGCACACAAUUGUGCAAAGAACUUUCCUUUGCAGAUUCACAACUUAAGGAUUUUGUUCCUCACAAAUGGCAUAGUUAAAAGAGCUUACACACUGCUUACCCGGCCAGAUGCUUUGCUUUGAAAUAUUGGGUUAUGUGAAAAUAUCAAGCAUUGUAUUCACCUUAUCUAGGCUGUGAAACUGUCCUACAUACCAGAGAAAUCAUAAAAACAAAAAUCUCAUUGGCAGCAAGCUGCUGAAUAACAACUGAGUCUAGAGGAAUAUUUGUGGGCUGCACAGAUAUUUUAGGAAUUUCAGAAAUUAGAACAGGAGCCAAAAUGAUUUACAUUGGUGUUGGCACUGAUCCUUCCUGACAGUCUGGGAAAUCGGGUUGGGACAGAGAUGGAGCUCAACUAUCCAGAAGCCAAUGAACAGCUGGAGGCCUGGACACCAGAUACUUUCCCUGGGCCUUGGUAUUUUGAGUCUUAAGUAGACACAUUGCCUUCAUCAACUUGGCUUCUUGCUGUUCCCAAGAAGACCCUCCCAGGCAACAUCUUUGGGGACAAUUGGCUUACCGAAUUACCAAUUUCAAAAGAAAUUCAUCCUUUUGGGACUUGUGGGGUAUGCAUUCUGUGUAUGUGCAAGCACCUAGGGUGGUUUGUGUUGUGUUUUUAACCACCUGGCAAUACAGUCCACUUUAUAAUUUUUUUUAUGUGGGAAAAAAAUGGUCAAGCUGUGCAAGCAGUCAAAAGGUGUGGAGAAUGUUUAUUGUCAUUCUUGCCACUUUAUUCCAUUUGCUGCCAAGGUAUAACAUCAAAGUGGAUGCAUUUGCUAAGUAUGGUAAAGGUCAAUCAAUACAGAGAAGUGGAUUUUCUUUCCAAGUCCCAUCCCUGCUAAGACUGCUUUGAUGAACUCCUUGUCAAUCUCCCCUCCCCAACACUACCAGUAGAUAUUAGAACCAUAAUUAACCAAGUCUCUUACCUCUGAAAUAUUUAAUUCUAUGAAAAUUGAUAACAAUUUUCAACUUCUAAAUAGGUAACUCGACUGCAAAAUAAUCAAAACUGGUAACAAUGAAACUGCGACUCUUAAAGCCAUGCAUGCCAUGCAUUUGUAUUGAAAUGUCUCCAUGAUACGAAGCCAAAUAUUCAAUGUAACAUACUUAAUAUCCAAAGGUGGAAACAAAAGAAUGUAGAGAUCUAGUGUUAAGAGUUCCAUUUGCUUCAAUUAAUUAUUUACCUUCCUGUGGAAUAAUAUAUAUAUAUAUAUUUAAUAGAACCAUAGAUAGACUAGUAGAAUUUAGAUUAUAAAUGUGUGAAUGCAGAUUAUCCUGCUAUUGCACAAGAUAGAGGGGGAAAAAAAAUCUCAAUUCCAGCUGGCAAAAUGCUGGCCAGGACACUUUUUAGAAAGUUGCACUAGACUGAAUUGUCACAGAAUCAGAGGUCAUGGAAGACAAAGGAAACUCCAGUGGUCAGCAGCAGACAUGGGCUAGAUUGUUCAUGGUUUCUAUGAGUUCCUUUCUCAGAGAAAAUGGGGGUCAUCUGUCUCUGGAGGAGCUCACCUCACCUAUCCAUUUGGAAUCAGGGCAUUUGUUUUCCCCACCGCAAUAAUUUCAGUCUGGUUUCAUCAUGUUGGAAUUCGAUCACACCAUUUUCAAGCAAUGUUAACAUAGUCCAGCUUUUGUUUUUCUCCUCUCUUUCUUCCGAGAGGAGACUUACUGUUUCUGUCUGAGGAAGCUCAUACCCUCAGCAAAACAUCAGGACAAAUAAGGAGAAAUGGGGGUAUACAUUCCCAACAGAAGCUGCGUGUUAUUUGUUUUAAAAACUCCGAACAGAGAUCUUGGAAAUCUUUCAAAAAGACCAUUGAAUUCUUCAUUGGCUGAGAACUACAUUUUAAAAAGUCUUAAAUAAGGCUUUGUUUGCAUUGUUUGAGUUCAAGGGGCCUUAUUAUUGAAUGGAAUUGCACAAGCCUUUCUUUGUGCAAUCAAACCAUUGUUAUUGGUAGUUUUGUAAAGGAAACUGUGGAAUCUAAUUGGCAAUGGAGUCAUAAAUCUAUUUACUGAGUGUGGCUUCCAAGAAAUGUUGCAAUUCAAAAUGCACUAAGUCCGUGAUUUACUGGAGAUUCUAAAUAAUAUUUUUGAAAAACCUCUCCAUGUAACUUCUGGUUUAACUUUUGGCAACUCAAUAUUAAAAAAACAGCCCAACUGAAUUAAGUAUUCUCCUAGUAAGUGAUUCGAACUUGUACUAUUUGCCACAGGACUGACUUAUUUAUUAACUAGCUAGAAGCUCUUAAGUUCACUUGUUUAUCAGGGCAUAUACAGAAGGGUUUGUUAAAACUCAAUGUUGACUUUACAACUUUCUGACCUGGUGCAUGAAUUCUCAAGUACUGUAUUUCACUGUGUUGGUGUGUCUGAUGGAAGUUUCGAGGUGAUCCCACAAAACUAUUUUAUGUAGUGUGCCUUCAAAGAGAACCAUUUAUUUCUCUUCACUGUUGUCCCACAAAGUCACAUUUGGUGGUGGUCAGCCAAGUCCCAUCUGGUCCAGUUUUACUCUUGUCCCAAUUUUAAAGAGAAAUGGGAACAAGUUUGCCCUGGUGAGACCCACACCAUUGCAAUGAUUAUCUUGAGCACUUAAAUUCCAGUGUUGGCUGUUGAUGUAUUUGAUACUCUGCCUGUCUCCCCUUGGUUGAAAUAUGUCUGAAGAAUAGCAGCAUAAUCUCUUGGCUGUUUAUACUUUUUUAAACUUUCCUGUGUUGUAAAUAUUGUAUACUUUUGGUGAUUCCAGCUAUGUAACCUUUAUGCUCUGUAAGGUGAUUAUUUGUAUAUAGCAACAUGGCCCAGUGAUAUUAUAUAGUUUCCCAAUGGAGAGGUUAUUGAGUAACCUUUGCAUUAGUUUAAACACUACCAGAAGAAUGCUGAGCCAACUAUAAACACUCAAUUUUGUAUGUUUUCCAAAUUGUACUUAUUACUGCUUUUGAUACUGUAUUACGUGCCAAUAGUUUCCCAAUCACAUAGCAGGCAAGAGAUAUUUUGUACUUUUUGAUCCACUGUAAUAUUUAAUAAAAAAUGUUACUAUCUGUUUCCUUUUGGGUGUGAGUAAUCUGUCACUUCUUCCUGAGCAACCUUGCGGUCUUACUAGGGCAGUCUCCACCCUGUUGUCUCCAAACUGAUAAUGGCAGUAAUUAAUGAUGUGUGAUGAUGAGUGUGUAGUUCAUUGAGAACCUCUGGUGACUGAUUGGCAUACAAUAUCUUUGAUCUUCACCACCUCAAAUGAACAUGGUUAUGUCCAUUGUACUGGUGAGAAAAUUAAGCUUAGCAAGAUAUAUCAACUCGCCAAAGAUAACGCCUAACCAAUUGACAGAGCCAGGAUUUGAACCCAGGGCUCUUAAUCUGUGCACAUCCUUAUAUACCACACUCCUCUCCUGACAGGUAACAGAAGUCACUGUUUAUUUAUUCAGUCAACAAAAAUUUACUCAUGCUUCAAUUGCCAGACAUAGUGUUAGGAACUGGGAAUAGUGAGUCAAAGGUAAAUAUUAUCUCUGGAGCUUAUCUAUCUUAUAUGGAAGAGAGUUAAUCAAAUAAUUACCCAUAUAAAUACAAAACCUUGACCUAGUUCCUAGGAAGAGGAGAUGAUGGCUAGAGUGAUAAAUGAAGAGGAAUUUGUGAUUGAUAAAUGAAAGAUGGGUAUGACCAGUUGAGAGAAGAACUGGGAGAGAAUAUUCCAAGCACAGGAUACCAAAUGUGGCAAGGCCCCAAGUCAGGAACCGAGUGAUUUUGGCUUGUUAGAGAAAUUGAACAAAAACCUGUACACCAGAAACAGCAUUACAAGAUCCAGGGAGAGGUUGAGGGCACCUCAGAGAGUGUAGCAGGGGCCAGCCAGGUAAUAGGCCAGGUUGAGCAUUUUGAUUUGUAUCCUAAGCAACAAGAGAUUUAAACAAGGAAAUGUUCAAAUUUGACCUUUUUCACCGUAGCUAGCUUCCUGUGUGAAGGCAGAUGGGCUGCUCUCUGAAGGUAGACUGAGCAAUGUAAUAUCAAGAUGGUCAUUUCAAUUGGAGUGGUACAUUGGGAGAGUGGAGAAGUCUUAGAAGUACUUAAAAGUAAGGAUCAACAGAUUUGAUAAUGAGACUUUCAUUAAAUGAGAUGAUUAAUGCAUAAUCAGGAAGGGUUGAAAAGCUAAGAAAAUAGCAUAUUCUGACUUUUAGUCACAAGGAACAAAGAUUUCUCAUCUUUGGCCUCUUCACCCUCUGCUUCCAGACUUCCCCUUGGCUUAUUACUAGUUGAAAUGAGGCAUUCGUGAAAUAGUACCUU